CGCAUUUCCCAAACCCUUGCGCCACAACCACACCGCAGGUAAGGGAGAGCGGCGGCGGCGAAGAUGGUGUCGCUGAAGCUGCAGAAGCGCCUGGCCUCCAGCGUCCUCAAGUGCGGCAAGGGCAAGGUCUGGCUCGACCCCAAUGAGGUCAACGAGAUCUCUAUGGCCAACUCCCGGCAAAACAUCCGGAAGUUGGUCAAGGAUGGAUUCAUCAUCAAGAAGCCUCAGAAGAUCCACUCCAGGUCUCGUGCAAGGAGGGCACAUGAGGCCAAGCAGAAGGGACGUCACUCAGGAUAUGGUAAGCGUAGGGGUACCCGGGAGGCUAGGCUCCCCACCAAGAUUCUGUGGAUGAGGAGGAUGCGUGUCCUGAGGCGCCUGCUGCGCAAGUACCGCGAGGCAAAGAAGAUCGACAAGCACAUGUACCAUGACAUGUACUUGAAGGUCAAGGGUAACAUGUUCAAGAACAAGAGGGUCCUUAUGGAGAGUAUCCACAAGUCCAAGGCUGAGAAGGCGAGAGAGAAGACCCUUUCUGAUCAGUUCGAGGCCAAACGCGCUAAGAGCAAGGCAAGCCGAGAGAGGAAGAUUGCCAGGAGGGAGGAGAGAUUGGCCCAGGGCCCGAAGGAUUAUGCACCAGCCGCAGCCGCAGCUCCAGCUCCAACUGCAGCGGCCCCAAAGAAGGCGAAGAAGUGAAGGUUUGUUUGAUGCGAAGCUUUAGCUUUCUGGAAAAGGGUUAGGCUAAUUUUGGAGCGUCAGAAAUGUGUUGGGCUAUAUCCAAUCAGUCGUGUCUAAGAUACCUUAUAAACAUAUCAUGUUUGUUCUGUUGGUUGGAUGUAAGCUGAGAUGUUUAUUAUGCAGAGUUUCUUUAAAGGUUAUGUUUAUGAACCUAGUUUUUACAUCCUGUAUCACCUGCUUACGUAUUAUCAUUA